UUUCGAAAGAGGCACGAGAUUAGCGUGCGAGCGCCGCCGGGGCUGACGGUGCCCGAUCCGAUGAUGAACUUUGACGCGGGACCGUGGCCGAAGCCGUUGUUGGACGCGGUGAAGCGCGCGGGAUACACCGAGCCGACGGCGAUUCAAUCGCAGUCGUGGCCGAUCGCGUUGCAAGGGUACGAUAUGAUCUCCGUGGCGAAGACGGGGAGCGGGAAGACGGUGGCGUUCUUGUUCCCGGGUUUGAUGCACAUCGCCGAACGCGGUAAUGGGCGCAACGCGCGAGGGCCGAUGAUGUUGGCGCUCGCGCCGACGCGCGAACUCGCGACGCAAAUUCAAGAGGAAUGCAUGAAGUUUGGCUCUUCGUGCGGCGUCGGGUCGGUGUGCUUGUACGGGGGCGCGCCCAAGGGGCGUCAGCUGCAGCAGUUGCGCAACCGUCCGCAAAUCUGCAUCGCCACCCCGGGUCGCUUGAACGAUUUGUUGGAAAGCCGCAUGGUGGACAUGUCUUCCGCGACGUACGUCGUGCUCGACGAGGCCGAUCGCAUGCUCGACAUGGGUUUCGAGCCGCAAAUUCGCAAGAUUCUUCAACACGUCCCGGUGGACCGCCAAACGCUGUUUUUCACCGCGACGUGGCCCAAGGCGGUGAUUCGCGUCGCGACCGCCAUCUUGACCAACCCGAUUCAAGUCAACAUCGGCGACACCGACCAGCUCGUCGCGAACAAGGACAUCACGCAAACCAUCGAAGUUUGCUCCGGGUUCGAGAAGGAGAAGCGCCUGAUGGAGAUUUUAAAUAACCCGCCCGAAGGUUGCGAUCCUCUCAAGGCGCUCGUUUUCUGCUCCACCAAGCGUAUGUGCGACCAACUCGGUCGAUCCGUCGGUAACUUGGCCGGGAUCAUUCACGGCGACAAGGAACAGCGCGAGCGCGACUGGAUCUUGAACCAGUUUCGCCAAGGUCGAACGCCCGUGCUCGUCGCCACUGAUGUCGCCGCGCGUGGGUUGGACGUCAAGGACUGCAACUUGGUCAUUAAUUACGAUUUCCCCAACCAAAUCGAAGACUAUGUCCACCGUAUCGGUCGUACUGGUCGCGCCGGCAAAAAGGGCUGGGCGUUCUCGUUCAUCGACGGCGGCGAAGGCAACAUGGCUCGCAAGCUCAUCCCCAUUCUUCGCGACGCGAACCAAAUCGUGUCGCCGGAAAUUGAAGAGAUGGCGCGUUCUGCCGGGUUCGGUCGCCCCAAGGGCGGUCGUCGCGGUGGUGGUGGUCGUCGCGGCGGCGGCGGCGGCGGUGGCUACGGCGGCGGCGGC